AUGGUCAGUGAGUUGAUAAACUCAUAUUCUAGACAAUGGAAUCAACAGCUGGUGGAGAGGUUAUUUGCCCCCAAAAUAGCAGAAUUAAUUGUGAAUACUCAACUUCUUCUUGAGCCUACAAAUGACAUUUGCAUAUGGAAAGGAAACAGGAAUGGAAAAUGCUCUGUGAAAAGUGCUUAUAUAGUGGAUCAAGGUCUGAGGUUUGAUGAUAAGGAUGGGCUAUGGUCUAACAUUUGGAAGAGUGGGCUAUUAGAAAGGCAAAAGUUACUACUAUGGCGAAUAGCUUCUGGGGCCCUUCCCAUGACUGAUAGACUUCCCUUUCUUAGGGGCUCAUCAAAUGAGCUUCAACCUUGCAUGUUGUGUAACCAGGACACUGAGAGUGUGAUACAUCUAUUCAAAAAUUGCUCGGUGGCUAGAGCUUUGUGGAUGUCUUCACGUUGGGAUCUUCAUUGUGACUCCAUCACAACUUCCAAUGGAAGAGACCUCAUUAAAUGGUUGUGCAACAAUGGGAGCUUCCCUCAAACCAAAGAUCUCCUGCUAUAUACAGCUUGUGUUAAUGAAACAAUUUGGAACUUGAGACUUUAUGGUCUUAAUGUCAUUGAUAUGAUUACUGUUAUGGGCAGGGUAAUACAUAGGUUGAAUGAAGUGCUCAACUCGGGUGCUUCUUCAAGAUGCAAGCACAUGUCUCCCAAGGAAAGUCAAACUGUUUUGAUGCGAAAGAUACAGAAGAUGGAUAGAGCCUAUGUAGACGCAUCUUUCAAUAACUUUUUUGCAGGGAUUGGAGUUGUGUUGAUCGAAACUCCAACACUCAUGGAACCACAAUCUUGUUUGGCUCUUCAUUUCCUGCAAGAAAUGCUCUAG